AUGUCAUACCUAUUCUCACUCAUCACUGGCAAGCCGUCCCAUAGCAAGAGACGUCGGUUGAGCAUCGCACCCGGUGGGGGAUAUGCGCCUAUACCAGAGGAUCCCACAGAGCCUCGAACUUCUGCCGGAUUAGAACAGGAGAUUACAGGGGUACCUCCGUUAGGUAGAGGAGUCAGAUGGGUGCACUUCAGCUUGGGUGCAGCAGUGUUAUUACCUUGGAAUGCGAUGAUUACCGCAAUGCCAUAUUUCUUAUCGCGAUUAGAGGGAUCGGCAUUACAAAGCUCGUUUGCUUCAUGGUUGGCGACAUCCUUCACCGCCGCGAACUUUAUUGUUCUUGGAUAUGCCACAUAUACGUCGGAUGUGUCCGAAUCCGCAUUACGAAUACGACUUUCUAUGGGCGCGAUUAUCAUCAUGUUCAUGCUUCUGACGCUGUCUACUCUUGUUCCGACAUCGGCUGGCGCGUACUUUGCAUUCACAAUCAUCAUCGGCAUGUUGCUGGCUUCUGCGGGGUCGUACACAUCCAAUUCUCUUGUGGCCCUCGCUUCCAUCUUCGGUCCCAUGGCUAUGCAAUCCGUCAUGUCCGGUCAAGCUGCCAUCGGCGUCCUCGUCUCCCUUGUGCAGCUCAUCAGCGCCUGGUUGAGCAUCGGCCGGAGUGCCACCUCGUCAGGCGGCGAGUCCCGCAGCGCCUUCGGGUUCUUUGGCGUGGAAGUGGUGUUCCUCUUCGGCUGCAUGUUUGCUCACAGCUGGUUGACGAGCCUGAGAGUGUACGGGAGGGCGAUAGAGCCGUGGACAACUCCGUCCAAGGGGAAUAGCACACCCGCCCUACAAGUCGAAGACGGGGUUUAUGGAGAGAGUGAAGAGACUUCGGUCACCCUCGGCCAGAAGAGAGAUGCCUCGACGCUGUGGAAGGUUGCACGCAAGAAUCUGACUUACAAUUUCGCGGUUGCCUAUGUGUUCGUCGUUACUCUAGCCGUCUAUCCCUCAAUCACCACAUCUAUCAAGUCUGUGCACGAUCCGUCCACCUCAGUGCUAUUCAACCCGCUCAUCUUCACCGCCCUCCAUUUCCUCAUGUUCAACAUCGGCGACUGGAUCGGUCGGCACCUCUGCGCCUAUCCCAUCUUCCUAGCCUGGAGACCUCGCAACCUCCUGUUCCUAUCUCUCGCACGCACGAUCUUCAUCCCCCUCUUCCUGAUGUGCAACGUAGAAGGUCUGAGCGGGCGAGGGCCGGUCAUCCACUCCGAUUUCAUCUACAUGCUCAUUCUGCUCCUGUUUGGAAUAACGAACGGACAGGUCAGUUCGAACAUCAUGAUGGCCGCACCAAGCACGGACCACAACAAGACGCUGUUGCGGGAGGAGAUCGACACCGCUGCUACUGUAGCGAGCUUCUGUCUCAUGGGAGGCUUGCUGACCGGAUCAAUUCUGAGCUUUGGAGUGUGGGCCAUGGUAUGCGGGUGUGAUCCUUUCCGGGGCAGCUAAGCCCCGUAGGAAGGAUGAGAUUGAUUGAUUUACCCAACCAAACUGUAUCAUUACGUAUCACUAUAUCCCAAUGCACGCUCAGAGAUUGAGCUUCUUCCCUCUCCUCAGCUUGUACUUCUCCCCCUUGCGUAGCCGCACCCUGUCCUUGCGUAGCAUCACCCUCUCGCUCUGCUGCUUGGCGUACGGAACCUCGUCUACGACGUUCGCUCCCGGGGGGAUAUACUGGUUCUUCGCAGGCUUGAGCACGAUCCUAUUGAGCUUAGCUGGCUUCUUCGCCUUCUUGAUAAACGUCCUCCUGGUCUUCCGGGCGAUCUUCUGCCCUUUAGGACUCUUCAUAGCACUCAACGCUCGUUUCCUCUUCAAGCGCUCUUCCUCUGCUCUUUCAAACUUCCACUUAGCCUCAAGCCGGAUCUCCUUCAUCGUCCGUCCAUCCGCGUACUGCUCGCUCUCCCUCGUCUCCCGCUUCACCCAGCGCUCGAACCGCUUGGCCAUGUACGCAUCCCGUUGCUGCCAGCGUUUUGUGCGCGAGGCGCGGGAAAAGUAGCCUCCCGUUAGCUCGCGCGUGAGGAAGUGCUCCAUAGGCUGGGAAGGGUCUGAGCGUGCGGUGCCUGCGGUCUCGAGGUAGAAGUCUUCCGGCUUAGGCUGGCCGAGACCUAAUGUUCCUGGGUUGACGGUAGGUGCGGGCGGAACCCAGGUCACUCUGAGCACUUCGUCGCGGAGGGUGUCCUGCAGUCCGGGUUCUGGGGGUUCCUUGUACGCGUAUUGCGGCCAGGGAAUCUCGAUCCGUAUCAUCUCCCCGUUAUCAUCAUGUCUCGCCGGCAAGCGGGGAGUCGUAGCUGCCGCAUAUCUUGUCCAUGUAUACCUUCUAUGAUAGCUAUCCCACACCGGGGGCGAUCGGCCCACGCGCGUAGCAUACACGGGCAAGACGCGCCUCUCGGAUUCCCCCUUCUUGGGCGGGAACUCGAAUUCCCCGAUGUAGAGCUGUACGUUGCUGUAGUGCACCGGCAUGGGGCGGAAGUCGAAUUUCGGCAUAUCGGGAUCAUGGAACGGGUUCGGGACGUGGACAGCGUGCUGCGGCCCGUCCUUCAAGUAUAGCCAGUUCUUCUCCCGAUCAACCUCGAGCACCUCCAGCCUGUCCUUCUUCCUAAACUCUACUUUCCCAGCAAUAAGCUUCACCCUAUCCCCCGGAGUGAUGUUCCACCACUUGAUCCUGUCCUUUGGGUUUACCCAUCGGGGGGUGUUCAUCCGGUUUGCGCGGGUGAGGAGGGAAUGCGAGUUUUUUGUGCGGGAGAUGAGGUGGUAGAGGUCUUUUUGGGGCUUGCUGGUUUUGAGGGGUGUCAUCAUGGACGCCAUGAUUAGCAGUU